AUGGACAAGCUGCCGCCGUCCAUGCGCAAGCGACUCUACAGCCUUCCGCAGCAGGUGGGGGCCAAGGCGUGGAUCAUGGACGAGGAAGAGGACGCCGAGGAGGAGGGGGCUGGGGGCCGCCAGGACCCCAGCCGCAGGAGCAUCCGGCUGCGGCCGCUGCCUUCGCCUUCACCCUCGGCUGCCGCGGGCGGCACGGAGCCCCGGGGCGCGGCCCACGGGGCGGCAGACGGCGAGGGGUCAGCCCGCGGCGCGGGCAAGUCCAGCACAAACGGCGACUGCAGGCGCUUCCGCGGGAGCCUGGCAUCGCUCGGCAGCCGGGGCGGCGGCGGCGCGGGAGCGGGGGGCGGCAGCAGUCACGGGCACCUGCAUGACUCCGUGGAGGAGCGGCGGCUCAUCGCCGAGGGUGACGCGUCCCCCGGUGAGGACAGGACGCCCCCGGGCCUGGCGGCAGAACCCGAGCGCUCCGGCGCCUCGGCGCAACCUGCAGCCUCGCCGCCGCCGCCGCCCCAGCAGCCGCCGCAGCCGGUCCCCGCCUCCUGCGAGCAGCCCUCGGUGGACACCGCGAUCAAAGUAGAGGGAGGCGCGGCCGCUGGAGACCAGAUCCUCCCUGAGGCCGAGGUGCGCCUGGGCCAGGCCGGCUUCAUGCAGCGCCAGUUCGGGGCCAUGCUCCAGCCCGGGGUCAACAAAUUCUCCCUGAGAAUGUUCGGCAGCCAGAAGGCGGUAGAACGCGAGCAGGAGAGGGUUAAGUCGGCCGGGUUUUGGAUUAUCCACCCCUACAGCGACUUCAGAUUUUACUGGGACCUGACCAUGCUGCUGCUGAUGGUAGGAAACCUGAUCAUCAUUCCCGUGGGCAUCACCUUCUUCAAGGAUGAGAACACCACACCAUGGAUUGUCUUCAAUGUGGUGUCGGACACGUUCUUCCUCAUCGACUUGGUCCUCAACUUCCGCACAGGGAUCGUGGUGGAGGACAACACAGAGAUCAUCCUCGACCCGCAGAGGAUUAAGAUGAAGUACCUCAAGAGCUGGUUCGUGGUGGAUUUCAUCUCCUCCAUCCCUGUGGACUACAUCUUCCUCAUUGUGGAGACACGUAUCGACUCGGAGGUCUACAAGACUGCCCGGGCCCUGCGCAUUGUCCGUUUCACCAAGAUCCUCAGCCUCCUGCGCCUCUUGCGUCUCUCCCGCCUCAUUCGAUAUAUUCACCAGUGGGAAGAGAUCUUUCACAUGACCUACGACCUGGCGAGUGCCGUGGUGCGUAUCGUCAACCUCAUUGGCAUGAUGCUCCUGCUCUGCCACUGGGAUGGCUGUCUGCAGUUCCUGGUGCCCAUGCUGCAGGACUUCCCCGACGACUGCUGGGUGUCCAUCAACAACAUGGUGAACAACUCCUGGGGGAAGCAGUACUCCUACGCCCUCUUCAAGGCCAUGAGCCACAUGCUGUGCAUCGGGUAUGGCCGGCAGGCCCCGGUGGGCAUGUCGGACGUCUGGCUCACCAUGCUCAGCAUGAUUGUGGGUGCCACCUGCUACGCCAUGUUCAUCGGCCAUGCCACCGCCCUCAUCCAGUCCCUGGACUCCUCCCGGCGCCAGUACCAGGAGAAGUACAAGCAGGUGGAGCAGUACAUGUCCUUCCACAAGCUCCCGCCUGACACCCGGCAGCGCAUCCAUGACUACUACGAGCACCGCUACCAGGGCAAGAUGUUCGACGAGGAGAGCAUCCUGGGCGAGCUGAGCGAGCCACUGCGGGAGGAGAUCAUCAACUUUAACUGCAGAAAGCUGGUGGCCUCCAUGCCGCUGUUUGCCAACGCGGAUCCCAACUUUGUGACCUCCAUGCUGACCAAGCUGCGCUUCGAGGUCUUCCAGCCUGGGGACUACAUCAUUCGGGAAGGCACCAUUGGCAAGAAGAUGUACUUCAUUCAGCACGGGGUGGUCAGCGUGCUCACCAAGGGCAACAAGGAGACCAAGCUGGCGGAUGGCUCUUAUUUUGGAGAAAUCUGCCUGCUGACGCGGGGCCGGCGCACAGCCAGCGUGAGGGCUGACACCUACUGCCGCCUCUACUCGCUGAGCGUGGACAACUUCAAUGAGGUGCUGGAGGAGUACCCCAUGAUGCGGCGGGCCUUCGAGACGGUGGCGCUGGACCGCCUGGACCGCAUCGGCAAGAAAAACUCCAUCCUCCUCCACAAAGUCCAGCACGACCUCAACUCAGGCGUCUUCAACUACCAGGAGAACGAGAUCAUCCAGCAGAUCGUGCAGCACGACAGGGAGAUGGCGCACUGCGCGCACCGCGUCCAGGCCGCCGCCUCCGCCACGCCGACCCCCACACCGGUCAUCUGGACCCCGCUGAUCCAGGCGCCGCUGCAGGCCGCUGCGGCCACCACUUCGGUGGCCAUCGCCCUCACCCACCACCCGCGCCUGCCGGCUGCCAUCUUCCGGCCUCCCCCGGGGCCCGGGCUCGGCGGCCUCGGGGCCGGGCAGACGCCCCGGCACCUGAAGCGGCUUCAGUCUCUGAUCCCAUCGGCGCUGGGCUCCGCCUCGCCCGCCAGCAGCCCAUCCCAGGUGGACACGCCGUCUUCCUCCUCCUUUCACAUCCAACAACUGGCUGGAUUCUCCGCGCCGGCCGGUCUGAGCCCGCUCCUCCCCUCGUCCAGCUCCUCCCCGCCGCCAGGGGUCGGCGGCUCCUCCCCGGCGCCCACGCCUUCCACCGCCGCGGCCGCCGCCACCGCAGGGUUCGGCCACUUCCACAAGGCGCUGGGGGGCUCCCUGUCCUCGUCCGACUCGCCCCUGCUCACCCCGCUGCAGCCGGGCGCCCGCUCCCCGCAGGCCAGCCAGCCGCCGCCCCCGCUGCCGGGGGCCCGGGGAGGCCUGGGACUCGCGGAGCCCUUCCUGCCGCCCCCGCCCUCGGCCAGGUCCCCGUCGUCCAGCCCCGGGCAGCUGGGCCAGCCUCCCGGGGAGCUGUCCCCCGGGCUGGCCGCCGGCCCGCCGGGUACGCCAGAGACACCCCCGCGGCAGCCUGAGCGGCUGUCCUUGGCGGCAGGGGCCUCAGGGGGGGCUUCUCCUGUCGCCUUCACCCCCCGAGGGGGGCCCAGCCCUCCUGGCCACAGCCCGGGCCCUCCAAGAACUUUCCCAAGUGCCCCGCCCCGGGCCUCCGGCUCCCACGGCUCCCUGCUCCUGCCCCCUGCAUCCAGCCCCCCGCCGCCCCAGGUCCCCCAGCGCCGGGGCACGCCACCCCUCACCCCCGGCCGCCUGACCCAGGACCUCAAGCUCAUCUCAGCCUCUCAGCCGGCCCUCCCCCAGGACGGGGCGCAGACUCUCCGCAGAGCCUCCCCGCACUCCUCUGGGGAGUCGGUGGCAGCCUUCCCGCUCUUUCCCAGAGGUGGGGGCGGCAGCGGGGGCAGCGGGGGCCUCGGUCUCCCCGGGAGGCCCUAUGGUGCCGUCCCUGGCCAGCACGUCACUCUGCCUCGGAAGACAUCCUCAGGUUCUUUGCCACCCCCUCUUUCUUUAUUUGGGGCAAGAGCCACCUCUUCUGGGGGGCCCCCUCUGACUGCUGCUCCCCAGAGGGAACCUGGGGCCAGGUCUGAGCCGGUGCGCUCCAAACUGCCGUCCAAUCUAUGAGCUGCGUCCCCUCCCUUCUCCUCUCUUUUUUUUCUUUUUCUCCCUUCUUUCUUCCUUCAGGUUUAACUGUGAUUAGGAGAUAUACCAAUAACAAUAAUAAUUAUCAUUAAAAAAA